AUGAGCAGGGCUACACGAUGAGCAAAGUGGUAGCACCCGAACCUGAACAUCUGCAGUCCACAACAAGUGCUCAGAUUGUCUUUCCUACGUUCACUGAAACCAUCAGGAUGUAAAGUGCUGGGUAUCAACUGAAGACAUUUCUUUGGACACAUUUCUUGUCUUUUACAGUUGCUUCAGGGAUGAAUACUGUAUUAUUGGUGAUAUCCCGGACAUUGUGAAAUAGCAUUAGAGAUGGAACCAGAAGCUGAAGACCGGGACAACAAUGAUAACUUGGUCCCUUGGUCAGGUUCAGAUGGUUCCCAGGAACUUUGUGAGUCCUACAAUGAAGAUGAUAACAGUGAUGCGGAGUACCCUUUAGACGCUCUCCCUGCUGAUGUCCAGAAGUCUGAUCUCGAGUCCCCAGAACGCCUUCAAUCAGAAGACUGGGAAUCUGCAGGUGAGCAACAGUCCCUGCCUGAACGUAGCGGAAGUGAAGAGGAUGUUUCCUACCAAGACGAGGAUGACAUCUACCUAAGUGAAUCAAGAGAAUCCAUUUCAGAGUCUCCUCACAUCCAACCCUCACCAACAUCACUGUCCCCGCACCCAGAGCGCCCCGACUCCGAGCCUCACGCUGGUCAGAUAUCACGGCCGCAUUCCCGCUUAUCUUCCUCCUCUCUCGGCGUUGCAGCCAAUAUGACCCUGGCCUUGACCCUAACCACAGAGCUGCCCCUGGGAGCCAGUAAUAGGCAUGGCCCAGGGACUGGGAACAGGAGGGUUGAAUCCUCAGAGGAAGGAGGGAGUAGUGAAGCACCUCCUGCUUCUGUCUUCUUUGGAAUUUCAGACCAGGCUGCUGAGCAAGCAGAGAAGUGGAACUCGGACUCUGACACAGAUCUGUGCAGACCGGAGAGGCACAGGGCAAGGUCCACACGGCUCAGUCACGACAGCCAAUCAGAAAGAAACAUCAAGGAGACCAAGUCCAAAUGUAAGCGAAUUGCACAGCUUCUAACAGAUGCACCCAACCCUCAAAAUAAGGGAGCCUUGCUCUUUAAAAAACGCCGUCAGAGGGUCAAGAAGUAUACACUUGUGAGUUACGGGACUGGUGAGAACAAGCUCGACAGCAAAGACCAAAUACAGGAGCAAACGGAAGACGUCAGAUCAGCUGGUUAUAACUUUGUGGCAACAAGUGAAUCUGAGUUAGAAGAAGAGUAUUCUAUCUAUCACCAGCAGCAUAAUUUAAAUCUGAAUUGGGGAAGUGUUCGACAAAUGGAAGCACUACCAGAAACACAAGGAAAGGGUGUCAGCAUGUUUGCCCAACGCCGCAAACGGAUGGAUGACAUUGUGUCUGAGCAUGAAGAACUGAGGAAUAAAGGAUUACCUGUGGAGACAUUAAGAGAACCCGAACGUACCCAGAAAAUGUAUGACAAUGAGGAAAUGUACAUGCAUACUGAUCAGGCCAACUACAUGGAAGCAAAUCUCCAGCAGCAUGCAGAAUACCAAGAAAGAAUUCAACAGAUGAACAACCUAUCCAACGUGCCUAAACCCCUGGUGCCGAACAGAACUGCAAAGCCUUUCCUAGGAUUUCACGUCAGCACAACUUCUCCUGCCAUGGCUGGUGGCGUCAUUCCAGUGACAAAGAAGCAUGAACCGAGAUUCAGAGUACCUGUGCCUAGUAACUCUAAUCCACAGGUUUGGUCCCCAACUGGAGACAUCAUAGCCUCAAGAGAUGAGCGAAUAUCUGUGCCAGCAAUAAAGGCUGGCAUCCUACCAGAGUCUAGAAGGAAAGCCAAUAAUAAACAUCCAACAAUGAUGCUGCAAGGAUCAGAUCUUCACCUUCACAAAGGGGAAAGGAAGUCAUAUAUUGAGUCAGAGGAAGACUUUUUUAGUCUAGGUGCUGAAGCUUGUAACUUUAUGCAACCUAGAACAAUAAAACUCAAAAAUCCCCCUCCAGUUGCCCCAAAACCUACCAUCAACCCAUCCUGCCCACCUUGGAUGAGGAGGAGCCCCUCCUGUGAGCUCCAUAUUCCACCAAGAAGCCCGGUUCCACAACCCUCUCACUGUCCUGUUGGAUCUCAUAGUCAGCAUUACUUACAGCAACAAGAUUGGGCUCAGCCUCAACACAUGGCCAACCAUUGGGCACCAGAUCAAACACAGGCAACACUUCAAACACCUGCCAAUGUUUGGGCUCCGGUCAAUUCCUCUUCUCAGCUUCAUCUUCAGCCAACCACAAAUAGCUGGAGUCAACAGCCAUCCCGAUCCCCUGUGAGUAUGCAGGCCCGCAGUCCUACUUAUAGCCCACAUCAUCCACCUUCAUCCUCAAAGAAUAAAUUAGACAGUACUCAAAACUCAGUUGCUCCUUGCCCACCACAAGCAGAGAACUCAUAUGUCCUUGCAUCAAAAGGAUCACAGGCUUCUCCAAAGGGUCAAGUCUCAGACAGGGGUAUUAAUCGGGCUGGGGAUGGUCCAACAAGGGCAGGAAAAGGUGCAGAGUUGUUUGCCAAAAGACAGUCCCGUAUGGAGAAGUUUAUUGUCGAUGCGGAUACGGUGCAAGCUAACAAAACAAGAUCUGCCUCUCCUACCCCGUCACUCCCUAACUCCUGGAGGUAUUCUUCCAUUGUUCGUGCCCCACCUCCAUUAUCAUACAAUCCUCUUCUUUCCCCUUUCUACCCUCCAUCAGCAGCCAAGCAACCCCCUUCCACAAGCCCCAAAAUCAAGCCUAAGACCAAAGCAAAACCUAAAGCAGCCCCAAGACACCUCAACCCCUUAGAGAUUAUGAAGCAUCAGCCUUAUCAGUUGGACUCAUCACUUUUCAAGUAUGAUGCAGUCCCUCAGGCCAAAAGUCCCAGCCCCAAACCAACUCCAGCAUCAAAGUUUGAGGUUACCAAAAGCCUUAAACAAAGAUCUGCCCCUUCUCAUUCUCCUUAUUAUGCCUCUGAGCUUGUUGUUCAAAGCAAGGCAGAAGUCCCUGCUAAGUCUCCUGUGUCGGGCUAUGGUAGAAGCCGGUCCCUGAGCCUGCCCAGGCGACUGAAUUCGAUGACUUCUCCCAGACUUCUGUCACCUGCGAGCACACCUGGAAUCCAGUCGUCAUUUUUACCCACACAGAGGCAAACAUCCUAUCAAGAAAAAGUCUACAAGCCGCUGUCACCGUGGGAGGCAGCAUCCAGAAGCAUCAUUGGUUCAGUGGAUGAUGCCUUUGUGUUUCAGAGCCUCCCGUCAUCUGUUGCCUGUAAUGUCAAAGCUGCAGAGCACCGCAGAUCUCUGCCAGAGCCUCCAGAUGAAUGGAAGCGCAGGGUGUCUCUUGAUCCUGCAGCUGUCAGUAUGGGUCACUAUCGUGCAGCCCCAGCUUUUCAGGCACCGUUCAUGAGCAGGACAUUUUUACCUGAAAAACCGGCCUUCUAUGGGCCUCCCUUCAGACCUGCCCAGCCUCUGAGGCCUGCCAGCAGGGCCAGUAUUGGAUACAUGGGAUAAGGCUCCAGUCCAACAAAGUACUCCCCCUCGCAUAGUGCAGUCCAGAAAAGUUAAUACUACCAAGAUGAGGAAAAACAUGCACCAGAUAAAGAGAAAUACACUUUGUAUUAACAUACAUGAUGAUUUAAAGUAUAGUGACCAUAUAAAAGUUAAUUUGGCCUAAAAAGAUGGAUUAUGUUUGCUCUAAUGAGGUUGUUGUUGACAUGUUGGUCUGAGACUUGCGAGAGGCAUAUUUAUAAUGUCUUCAUGGUACGAGUGGUCACGUGGUUUGAAGAGCACAACAACUUACUGUAGCUAUUGUGCUGUGACGCUGAGAUAUUACUCUGCUACGCAGUGACGGGACAUUUUGUAAUUGUGUCUAACCGACUGUGUCAGAAUCAUUUUGCAUCUGUUUUUUACAGCCUGAUUUAGGACACAAGUGGACUACAGUCAAGGAAAGUGCUGGUAAAGUGUUAUGAGAGCUAAAGUGAACGUUCAGUAAAUGAAAGAAAUGUUUGGUAGAUUGCUUUUUUAAUUAUUAUUCUAGAGUGGUGUUGCUCACUGAAAGUGCUUUUAAUUUUGACAUUGUUCUGUUAUUAAUAUUUAGUGAGACGUAAGACACUUUAAGAAAUCACAUGUGUGGCUUUUCAUUCAUGUAUCUUCACUACAGCAUUUAAACUCACUGGGACUUUGUGUUCACUUCUGCACAUCUGAAUAUUCCAAACAGCAAUAACCAUAACACAUGUUACUAAUCUUGUUUUAAUCCGUCUUUUCUCUCACUGUAGUGGUUGUAAGUAUAUUACAUUAGUGAACAUUAAUCUGCAGCACUUUCUAGUGACUGCUAAAUACAGUAACAAUAUCUCUCUCUGCUCUAAGGAAGCUACAGUGCAUUUUUAGGAAAACUUGCGAUACGUGUUGCAUCUUAACAUUGACCUAACUGUCAGAGAAAAAUGUAUUUAAGAGGAACAAAUGUUGCAUGCAUACAUUGAGCAUCAGGCUUUCAAUAUGACUGAUGUAGCCAUGUUUCUUUGUCUAAUUAUGGGGGGCCUUUACCCUGAGUUUGAUGUUGUUUGCACCUUUUAAACACAAAGUAAAAAAUUAAAAGACAUGAAAAUGCUUUCAAUCUUUAUUUUUUGUCUUUAGUUCUAUGAAAAGCUAUAAUUCAAAAAGUAAGCAUCAUUUUUAGAGCAGAUGGUUUUGAU